AUGGCGAUCUGCAUGAAAUGCAAAGAACAAGUUGCUGAUGGGGCCGACUGCUGCCUAUGUAAAAGCUCUUUUCGUUUCCAUUGUGCUGGUAUUAGUGAAGCCGGAUACCGUAGACAAGGAGAUCGAAGGUUGACAUGGCGCUGCUCGAGAUGCAAACAAGGCCAAGUACAUGGCAAAUCCCCCACCCAGGCACCGGACGUAAAGUCGUCAGGAGUAGUAGAAGGGGAUCAAGAAAUAACUCUAGCUCAACUAAUGAAAGAGAUAAAGGACAUAUCAGUUAAACUUAAUCCCCUUGAUGCUAUUGAAGCGGAUAUUAAGUUGCUUAAGGAAAAUAUGGCACAGCUUCAAAAAGCAAAUGUCCAAACAAGCAAUACAGUUCAAGAACUUUCGAAGAAAAUAUUGAACAUUGAAUCUAGGGUCUCUAUAGUUGAAAAGCAGAAGGAGAAAAUUGUAUCACUACAUCAAAAAGUCGAAUCCCUGGAGACACAAAUA